GCAGAAUUGCAGAGAGCCCAAGAAGACAUUGCAAACAUAAGGAGUGCGCAAGGGAAAUAGUAGAAGAUAUAGGCAGGUUUUGAGAGGGGCAGCUGCAUUGCUGGUAGUCCUGUCCUUCUAGUGUGAUAGCAACAUUUUCUUUUUUGAGUUCCUUUAAGUUACAGCACCAUGAAUGGCACAGAGGGCAUUAACUUCUAUGUGCCCUUCUCAAACCGAACGGGUUUGGUACGGAGCCCUUUUGAGUAUCCGCAGUACUACCUUGCAGCCCCUUGGAAGUUCUCAACGCUGUGCGCCUACAUGUUUAUGCUUAUUAGUCUGGGCUUCCCCAUCAACUUUCUGACACUGGUGGUAACUUUCAAGCACAAGAAACUUCGGCAGCCCCUCAACUAUAUUUUGGUUAACUUGGCUGUUGCCGGUCUCUUUAUGGUCUGUUUUGGUUUCACCAUCACCUUCUAUACAGCUAUGAAUGGCUACUUUGUCUUUGGACCUACAGGCUGUGCUAUAGAAGGCUUCAUGGCAACACUUGGAGGUGAGGUAGCUCUCUGGUCUUUGGUUGUGCUGGCCAUUGAACGAUACAUUGUAGUCUGCAAGCCAAUGGGAAAUUUUCGCUUUUCUUCUACUCAUGCUUUCAUGGGCAUUGCUUUCACCUGGGUCAUGGCACUGAGCUGUGCUGCCCCACCACUAUUUGGCUGGUCCAGAUAUUUGCCGGAGGGAAUGCAGUGUUCAUGUGGACCAGACUACUACACUAUGAAUCCACACUACAACAAUGCCUCCUAUGUUAUCUACAUGUUUGUUGUGCACUUCUUUAUUCCAGUAGUUAUAAUCUUCUUCUCUUAUGGCCGGCUCAUAUGCAAAGUCAAAGAGGCAGCAGCAUCACAGCAGGAAUCAGCAACAACCCAGAAAGCAGAGCGAGAAGUCACUCGCAUGGUCAUCCUCAUGGUUAUUGGGUUUAUGUUGGCCUGGACCCCCUAUGCCACUGUAGCUUUCUGGAUUUUUAUGAACCAAGGGGCCGACUUCACUGCCACACUCAUGACCAUUCCUGCCUUCUUCUCCAAGAGCUCCUCCUUAUAUAACCCUAUUAUAUAUGUCCUGCUAAAUAAACAGUUCCGUAACUGCAUGAUCACCACAAUCUGCUGCGGCAAGAACCCACUUGGAGAUGAUGAUGUGUCCUCCACAGCCUCUCAAAGUAAGACAGAAGUGUCCUCAGUGUCUUCUAGCCAAGUAUCUCCGGCAUAGUCACAUUUUUUACUGACCCAAAACACAUUAUGGUGACUGCUCUAUUCCACAGUAGCAUCUUCCUCAUUUUUUUUCGAUAACGUGCAUUAACUGUGACAAAGAUUUUACUGAUCAAAAGGUGAAAGUGAAAAGGCAACCAAAAUCAGAAGAAUAUGUCUGUCAAGAAGUCCGUCUUCCUAAUGGUGAAAAAGUUCAUUUAUGUACUAUUAUAUUUAUAUACUUUCAGCACAGAAUUUUUCAACCCUUUUCUUGCUGCCACUCCUUUUUUGGCAGCAACACUACCGUCAUGGCAACUGCAAGACUGCAGGUAAUAUCACAACGUCUCCAGGUAAACCAUACUAUAUUGGUUAACUAUAUUGACCACUGAACAUUCAACCAUCCAUCUGAUAGCAGGUACAGUUUAUCAAAUGAAAUUAAAAAAGUAACAUCACCUUUGAACCUCUUUAGUCACUGUUCAUGAUGCCUCCCUAACUCCCUAGCACUGCAAAGCAGCCUUCCACCCCUAAUACAGGAGUGUGAAAAUUAUACACCAUGUGAAAAGGUCCUACUUUUCCUAAAUAUUCAUGGGCAACCUGUGGAUUUGCUUUUCUCUAAAAUGCACUCUACGGUUUGCUCUAUUCAGCUAAAGUUAGCCUCUUGAUGACACUUUUCUUUUCAGUGUUGUAAAGAAUGAGGAUAGACAUUUGUACGUUAACAUCAGGCAAGUGAAAAAUGGAGACAUACGCAACGAAGAGCAAAAGCAGCAGGAGAACUGUGCAGUUUCACUGGGCAAUAUUGUUUUAGUGUUCUGAAUGGCUGAUAUCUACCAAGCUCCUUAAGUCAGCAGAAUAUCAGAACAUACGUCUACCCUGUAUAUCAAGAUAAGCGCAGAAAUGCAAGCUGAAAAGCCAACAGUUCCAGUAUGAUGGCAACAAAAGCUACUACAUGUGAUUGGUAUGAUAAACAAACACUUAAGUAAUACUAGUGCAUCUAGUGACUGAGUAACAACAAAAUGGGAAUUAGUUUCCAAGAAGAGCUUUAGAAGCUUCAGUCAUUUUGAGAAUUAAUGCUGUAUAUAACAUCAGCUUUUUCUGUGGCGGAGAGCUGCAAUAUUUACAAGGGUAUACUGGACUACACACCUGUUUUGGUUUGUUUUUUGUCACUCUGGGCAAAUAAUUCUUUAUUUGUCUGACCUUGUCAUCACUGCUGUAUAUAUUUUAUAAAUAAAGUAUAUAAUGUGAAUUUGUAAAGUCAAACAAAACAUAGUAAUAGAAAUAAAUGCAUGCAUCAAAAA